AUGCACAUUGCAGAACUCAUUAAGAAAAGCGACGGUGAAGACUCAUACAGACGUAGGCUGACCCGAAAAGUUUCUAUGCACACUCUAAAUGGCUUCAACGAACUCCGACUGAACGUCAAACUCUGCGAUGCGUCAUUGAUACUUGAUAGCGGUGAAAUAUUUCCGAUACAUCGAUCAGUGUUGAGCGGUUCAAGUGAUUACUUUAGAAUACUUUUCACCACUACAUUACACGAAGGAGAAUACACGAAAAUACAUUUGAAAUCAAUUGAAGAUACUACGAUGGAUCAGUAUAUUUACAUGAGACAAAUUGACAUAAACUAUGAAAACGUAAUGGACAUAAUGCGGACAGCUGACUAUUUGUGCAUAGACGGUUUAGUGCAACUUUGUCACGAAUUUGUCGUCGAAUGUCUGGGGCCUGACAAUUGUGUAACCGUGUUACAAUUUGCUGAUUACUAUUACUUUGGAGAGUUGACGAAUGUGGCAUACAAAUAUAUCAUCAAAGAAUUUAUGACCAUUGCAGAACAAGGUGAUGAAACUCCGACAAGAAGAAUUCAAACAAAUAAUCAAAGACAACCAGUUGAACGUUAA